CUGUGGACUGGAGGCGACCGCAAGAAACACACGUGUGGGAGGAAUUGGUUGACGUUGGAGUUGUGCUGUGCAUCCUAUGGCGCGACCGCUGUGGCAUUAUUUCUCUGACUAUCCAUCAGACCAAUAUAGCCGUGUCGGUACCCGUUGGAUUCAACUUUAAAAAAAUAUAUUUACAUCCGAUUAUUUUCACAGCACUCAUCCGAUCGCCGAUGCGUAAAAACCCCUGCGUAAAACUGCAAAUACUCACCUCUGUUCUGCUCAAGAAUGCCACAGAGGCUUUUCUGACUUCAAACGUGAUUCAAGAGCUCCGGUACUGAGAGAGUGAUUGACACGGAGAGCUUUGAUGGAGCUGAUUCGGUGACAGCGACACCGGACUUUGCGUUUGGAUUGGCGUUAAAUCCCCUGGACUUUUUACUGUUUCGGUCGAGUGGAUCCUGUAUCUGCGUGGGACACUGUGGGAUCUCUUAAUUGUCACGGUUAUCACUGUCUAUAUGUCACACGAGUGGGAUGAAAGUGAGCUGAAAUUCACCCCAGGAGGAACUUUAUUUCCGAGAGCUUCGAGCACCGCAUCAGUGGAGUAUUCAUGAAGCAAUAUUUGAACUAUUACAAGAUGAGGCUGAGAACAUCGAGGUUGGGCUAUUUGUUACUUCAAUUCACGGCGCUUUGCUUUUACGCACAGAACACUGUGCAGUCCCCUCCUAACUUCAAGCACCAUGUCACCGAGCAGAGCCGGCUGUCGGACCGCAUGAGCCGCAGGUUGACUCGGACCUACCAGCUGUACAGCCGCACCAGCGGGAAGCACGUCCAGGUUCUGGCCAACAGGAGGGUCAACGCCAACGGAGACGACGGAGCGGCGCACGCUAAACUGGAGGUGGAGACGGACUCUUUCGGAAGUCGUGUUCGCAUUAAAGGCGUGAAGACGGGAUACUACAUAUGUAUGAACAAAAGGGGAAAGCUGAUCGGCAAGCGGAAAGGACGAGGCAAAGACUGCAUCUUCACCGAGAUUGUUCUGGAAAACAACUACACGGCGCUGCAGAACGCCAAGUAUGAGGGCUGGUACAUGGCUUUCACACGCAAGGGCCGUCCGAGGAAGGCCUCCAAGACCAAGCAGCACCAAAGGGAGGCCCACUUCAUGAAGCGUCUACCCAGGGGGCACUUGCUGAGCGAAAGGAGACCGUUUGAUGUCCUUCCCCUCCGUGUCCCCGCGCACCCUUUAAGCAAACGGACUAAACAUUCCCACCAGCAGCGCUCAGGGGGCCGCUGAGCGAUGAAACCACGGAGGGAAAACUGUUGACGAACCAGCACAGAAGAACCACUACAAGGGGGAACAAGUGCUCUCAGAGGAAUGAACUUUUACAGUCAAGUGCCCAUACACGUCUUGCCUCAUUUUGUGGACUUUGUGUAAUUCUUUGUGCUGGAUUGUAUGUAACCAUUGAUUAUCUAAUCUGCUAGUCAUUUCCAAUUCAGACAAAUUGUAGGAGGAUUUGUAUUGGUGAAGUCUGGGUGAGGGUGUGGGUGGGUGGCAGUGACAAGUACAAAAGAGCUCAACAAUUCUUAUGAAUGAAAACCUCUGAUUGGAUGUUAGCCAGCUCAGCAACAAAGAAUGUUAAAAAUAGAAAUAGGUACAAUGAAGCUAGACCCGGCAGCUAUCUGUGGAUUUUACUGUGGUUGCAGGAUCUGAGACUCAUUGACAUGCUAUCCUGCCUUUAGGAGGUCAUUCUGGAUAAUUUUUAACCUGAUUUUUUUUCUACAUAUAUAAAUAUAUUUUUACUGUAAAAAUGUAAAUGAAUGAUGGAAAUAUUUAUUGUAGAGUGUACAGUAUAUUAAAACCACUAAAGAAUCA